GCUUAAGGACUACUCUUGCUUCUAUGGAGGCAAAAGUGGCCGCUCCUGCUUCUCCUUUCUAUGGUUGACCGGAAUUGCCGUGCAUCUAUGGUUUGCAGCGCGGUGCAGUCUGGGAUGGUGGAAGAGUAAUGGCGCUGUCGGCCUAGCUGGACUGUGAGGGAGGCUGUAACUUCCAUGUGCUGUGCAUUUGGGUCCCACAGUACUGAAGAUGACUACUGCAGCCAGACCGACGUUUGAGCCUGCGAGAGGAGGGAGAGGAAAAGGAGAAGGCGACUUAAGUCAGCUGUCUAAACAAUAUUCCAGCAGAGAUCUUCCUUCUCAUACUAAGAUCAAAUACAGGCAAACCACCCAGGAUGCCCCUGAGGAGGUGCGCAACCGGGACUUCCGGAGGGAGCUGGAGGAGAGGGAGCGAGUCGUUGCCAGAGAGAAGAACAGGGACAGGCCAGCGCGAGAACACACAACUUCCUCCUCAGUGUCUAAGAAACCUCGAUUAGAUCAGAUUCCUGCUGCUAACCUGGAUGCAGAUGAUCCAUUAACAGACGAGGAAGACGAGGAUGAGGACUACGAAGAAGAGAGUGACGACGACACAGCAGCUCUGUUAGCCGAGCUUGAAAAGAUAAAGAAGGAGCGGGCCGAAGAACAAGCCCGAAAGGAGCUAGAGCAGAAAGCCGAAGAGGAGAGGAUACGGAUGGAGAACAUCCUGAGUGGCAACCCGCUGCUGAAUCUCACUGGUCCGGUCCAGCCACAGGCCACCUUCAAAGUGAAGAGGAGGUGGGACGAUGAUGUGGUUUUUAAGAAUUGCGCCAAGGGUGUCGACGAAACGAAAAAAGACAAAAGAUUUGUCAACGACACGCUGCGGUCAGAAUUCCACAAAAAGUUCAUGGAAAAAUACAUCAAAUAGUACACAUUUUGUUUGGUAUUUUUUAAGAGUGCUCUGUGUGUGUCGAUGCGCUGGACAGAGCAAGCCUCUUCCCCACCUGAAAAAUCUCACAAUUUAAAACUGAGAACCUGCAGGGUAGAUUGGUCUUUCCCAAGUUCAUCGUCACUGUUUUAACUUCACUCAGCAUCUGGAAUAUCCGCUGGUGGUUCUUGUGUUCCAGCUAGGCUGGCUGCCUUCCCAGAAAUGAAUGUUUGUUUGUUGGUAUGGAUUUACUUUUUAACAGCUUUUCUGUAAAUGCUUUGAAAUUUGUUUGCAAUAAAUCCUUUGUCCGAA